GAGGAGAAGGGGGGGGGGGGAAACGGGAGCCUCAGUCAAGGAGUUCUUUAAAGAUGGCCGGAGCGGCGGCAGCGGCCACCGCGACCCCCGUGUACUGCGUGUGCCGGGAGCCCUACGACGUGAACCGGUUCAUGAUCGAGUGCGACAUCUGCAAGGACUGGUUCCACGGCAGCUGCGUUGGGGUAGAGGAACACCAUGCUGUUGACAUUGACCUGUACCAUUGUCCCAACUGUGCCAUUCUCCAUGGAAGUUCUCUAAUGAAGAAGAGGAGGAACUGGCACAGACAUGACUACACGGAGCUGGAUGAUGGUUCCAAACCGGUGCAGGCUGGAACGCGGACCUUUGUUAAACAGCUGCGGGCUCGCUCUUUCCCAAGUGCUGAUGAAGUAAUUUUGAAAAUGCAUGGAAGCCAGUUGACGCAAAGAUACUUGGAGAAGCAUGGGUUUGAUGUUCCCAUUAUGGUUCCUAAAUUAGAUGGUCUGGGGCUCAGACUUCCUCCGCCAACUUUCUCUGUUUUAGAUGUGGAACGCUAUGUAGGUGGCGACAAAGUGAUAGAUGUAAUAGAUGUAGCAAGACAAGCAGACAGUAAAAUGAAGCUCCAUAAUUAUAUUAAAUAUUUCACAAAUCCUGACCGACCAAAAGUAUUGAAUGUGAUCAGCCUGGAAUUCUCAGACACAAAGAUGUCUGAAUUAGUGGAAGUACCAGAUAUUGCCAGAAAGCUUUCGUGGGUGGAAAAUUAUUGGCCAGAUGAUUCUGUCUUCCCUAAGCCUUUUGUUCAGAAGUAUUGCUUGAUGGGUGUCCAGGACAGCUAUACUGAUUUUCAUAUCGAUUUUGGAGGAACAUCAGUUUGGUACCAUGUUCUCUGGGGUGAGAAGAUAUUUUAUUUGAUUAAGCCCACUGAUGAAAAUUUGGCUCUGUAUGAAUCUUGGAGUUCAUCUGUCACCCAGAGUGAAGUAUAUUUUGGGGACAAGGUUGACAAAUGUUACAAAUGUGUUGUGAAGCAAGGACACACUUUAUUUGUUCCAACAGGCUGGAUUCACGCUGUGCUCACAUCUCAGGAUUGUAUGGCUUUUGGAGGAAACUUUUUGCACAACCUCAAUAUUGGCAUGCAGCUCAGGUGUUAUGAAAUGGAGAAGAGGCUAAAAACCCCGGAUCUUUUCAAAUUCCCUUUCUUUGAAGCCAUCUGUUGGUUUGUGGCCAAAAACUUACUGGAAACAUUAAAAGAACUGAGGGAAGAUGGCUUCCAGCCUCCAAGCUAUUUAGUGCAAGGAGUGAAGGCUUUACUUACUGCUUUAAAGUUAUGGAUGAAAAAAGAACUUGUAACAGAACAUGCCUUUGAAAUUCCAGACAACAUUAGGCCUGGGCAUCUCAUAAAAGAGCUCUCAAAAGUGAUACGUUCUGUAGAGGAGGAAAACAGCAAACUAGUUAAAACUCAGGGAAUUCUUGGUGUGUGUCCAACUUCGCGGUCUUCGCAUGAAACAACUUCCCCUCACCACUCCAGACGACGGGUGAGGAAACUGAGAGACCAUGCUACCAAAACUCCUUCUAAUCUGGACAUCCUGGAACUCCACACCAGAGAGGUACUGAAAAGGCUGGAGAUGUCACCAUGGGAGGAGGAUACUGCAGGCUCAAAACUGAGCGGAAGAUUUAACAAGCCCUUUCAGCCAUCUUCUACAGUACCUGACUGGAGAACAAAAGACAAUGAUCUUCGCCUUCUGCUGUCAAAUGGAAGAAUAAUUAGAGAUGAGAGACGCCCAUUUACAGAUCGAAGUCUUUACACAGCAGAUAGUGAAGAUGAAGAUGAUAGGACAAGGUCAAAAAAGACACCUGUUAAGGUAGAAGACCAACCCUCAGGUUUUGAAGGUGAAGGCAACGCAGAUGCCCAGAAACCACUGAACAUGUUCUUUGAAAGUGUGAAAUCAGAACUCAGGAAUGGAUCCUCAGAGUACUCUGAUACUUCUGAUUCAGAAGAAUCUGAGCCUGAUUGCACUACACAGCAGAAAGAUUCCUCCGCAGAGGACUCAGAAAGCUCAGGUGAUGAAGAGAAACAGGAAGUAACAUCAAAUUUCAAAGAAGAAUCUAAGGUCAGGAGAGACCUUUUUCAAAAUACCCAGAAGCCAUCUAGAAAUAAAACUCCCAGUAAAAAGGAAUGUCCUACCUCGACAAGUACAGAAGAAGAAGCUAUUCAGGGCAUGCUUUCUAUGGCAGGAUUGCACUAUAAUUCAUGUUUACCAGGUCAUACUCAAAGCACAGACUGCAUGGAUAAAAGAACGUCUCUUCAGGAACACAAAAGGUAUCCCAGGAGUCGGCAUAAAGAUAGGCAGCCAUCUCAGAGCCACAAAACAAUAGAGUGUGGCAGGUCUGUGAAGGAGGAGGAAAGAGAUUUGGGGACUUCAGCAUGGGCUAGACACCUGAAUGAAGCUUCAAGGAUUGCCCCUCAGGAUACAAGUAAAACUCAAAAAUACAUCAAGAAAGAGGGUGCAGCUGAAGCCAGUCAUAAGGUUCAGGAAAAUAGAAGUAUAGUCCACAACAACAGCUUGAGUUUCCAGCAUGGGAAGUACACACGAGACUCCAGUUUAAUUCAAGGAGAAUGUCGGCUGAGCGAUGGCAGCCUUAGCCCUGAGAGGCCAUAUGGUGAAACAUCCUUGUCUGUACCACUUCAUCCAACAAAGAGGCCAGCAUCAAAUCCACCCCCUAUCAGCAACCAGGCGACAAAAGGUAAACGUCCAAAGAAGGGAAUGGCAACUGCUAAACAGCGCCUUGGGAAGAUCUUGAAGCUGAACCGAAAUGGCCAUGCGCGCUUCUUUGUUUAAUGUAGCUGCUACUUCUACUACUGCUGUCUUUCCUACACAGACCAGUAUUGAGGUCAACAGAGCCUGGAGCUGCUGUUAUUCCUCUGCUUGAAGCAGACUUGCAUGUACCAUAUAAAACACUGCCUGAUGAACAAAAAUGAGAAAGAAAAAAAAAAAACAACAAAAAAAAACCAAUGACCCAAUGCUGCAUUUUCACUGUGCCACACCUGCUCAGCAAUAACCAUAUGGGAACGGGGAAAUCUUCAGAGAGACAUGGACUGUGAGAAAUAGUCUCUCAUCAGGGCUUAAAUAUCAUUUGUUGCUGGUAGUUUCUGACCUAAUUAAUGAGGGGAAGAUGAUGAAGGUGGUUUAUCAAUAAUUUAUUUCUGAUAGAUUUUGACAACUUUUAAAUUCAUUUUAAAAACCUAUUUAUUUGGAAGACUGUUUUUGUGGGGGUUAUUAAUUUAGAUUUAAGAAUGUGAACGUUUUUAAUUGUUUUGAUAAUGUAUGUUUGGUGCAGUGGAGAGCCACAUUAAUUGUGAUUAGUCUGGACUCCUAAAUUUGAUAUUCAGGUUAUAGUCUUAAAUAGGGAUGAGAUGCAUUAUUAAUUAUUUUUUAAAUUAAGGCAUAUGGAAUCUUUUUUUUCCUGCUUUUUGUAAGCUAUUGGCUGGGCUUCUGUUGACUAGCAAAUUGCAUAGUCUCUGUCAGCUUGGUUAUUUUUUGACCUGUCCUCUUUUAUGCAGAUUUAUUUAUUUGAUGGACUAGAAGAGACUCCUAAGACAGAAGAAUCUUUUUAUGUCAGUCCAGUUGCUAACUUGUUUUAAACUGCACCCCUUUCCUCCUAAUUGGAGUGCAUUACUUUUCCUCCUGAUUGUUUAUCUGUGAUGAUUUUCCUCUGUAAAAAGGCUCCCUGAAAUUGUAUUUGUACAGAUUAUUUAAGAGGUGGUACAAAGGAGGGAAACCUAAUAUAUCUUUUUGGAGGAACAGGGACAUCAGUUAAGAUACAUGUUUCUUCAGAACAAUUACUCUGAAUUAACUUGUAAGAUAUACAUUGCAGUCUUAAGAUUUGGCGUAUUAACGUAGCAUGGAAUAAGCAUUAAAAUAUCAUUGUACUUUAAACACAUUCUACUGAAGAGUGAGGAAGGCAGGAGAAUGUGUGUGGCUUUCGAAGCUGGGUGAGACGGCCAAUUAAAAGUCUUAACUGAUGUGAAUAUAAGCAUUAAGUAGCUUACUGGUAUCAGAAUGAUCGUUUGUGUCAGGCUUCAUACAGAGCUGACAGCAAAUGCUGAUUCUGAAUUAUUGUAAAUAAUUUUGAUUCAAGCUUUGAAUUUUUUCUGUAAUAUAAAAUGAAAUAUUUAACUUUUAGGGGACGGGGAUGAAGGCGAAAAGGGGAAUACUUUUACUUGAUUCUGGAAAAAGGGCAUUUUGCAGGGUCCAGCCAGAACGAAAACAUUAAUAUGGUAGUGACAACAAUAUUAUUGAUUGAUUUGGGUUGUUUUGGUUGCUAAGAGUGAAAAUACUCAAGCAUAGCUAUCCAAGUAAUUGAAUUGAUUUAUCUUUCCAUACGAGUUUUUCCUUCCUCCAUAUUCUAUACUGGAAUAAUUUUCUCUUUUUGUGGUUUAAAAAGAAAUUCAGUUGGACUUUCCAGAAUAUUUGUGCGGAGUUAAUUUUAUCUAGGCUACGUUAUGAAUGCCUUUACAAAUUUACGGAAGUAUUUUUGAUGUCAAAUGUUUCUGAUUUUUGUAGGGUCAAAACUAUUUAGUACUGUUAUCCUGUUUCUAAAUUGAGAAACAUCAAAACAUAAUGCAACUGCAAAUAAGUCAGGUAACUUUCAUGGCUUUACUUGCUCUGUAGCUUGGAAAUUGUAAAUUAGGAGUGUUUUUUUGCAGCCUUGCUUUUACGUUGUAUUGACUUGACUUUAUAGUUUUGUGUGUGUACAUAUGGGUGAAUUUUUUUAACCUUUUUUUUUGUUUGCUAAUUAUGGUUUCACAAAAGCAUGUUUUCAGUCUUUUUUGAUUUUUUUUUUUUACUUAAUGCAAGCUCUCAACCUUGUUUUGACUAUUGGGAACAGAGGUAGCAAAGGAUUUCUAAAAAGCAGAAGAUAAGCUAAGAGGUACUCUACAGGUGCUCAAAGUGACUAGAAGUAGUUGCUGUUCUCAGGUGCUAUGUUUUCCAGAUGGAAAUAGUUAAAGGAGAAUAUUUUAACUAUCUUCUAAUAUGUUCUCACCAAAGUCAAAGAAAUAAACUACAUUAUCAAUAUUAGUUAAAAUUAUAUACCCAUAUAAAUAUUCUCUCUGCUUAAGCUUGAGCAACUGAAUUAAUGCCUGCCAGGCUUUGGAAACUAUUUUAGCUUUAGCAUAUUGAACCAAACUGUUUCUUUCGUGCUGGCUGUAUAAUUUUUAAGAAUAGAAAAUUCCAGUUUAGGGCAGCAGGCGGAUUUAGAGCAGAAUGAAGAAUGAAUCUCUUUCCUUAAACGGAGAUUUUUGAGAAGACUUAUCUGAAAUAGAAGUAUGCCAGCAUAGAAUCUGGAGUAAGGAAUUUUAAGAUAUGGAGUGUGCAUUCUUGUACAUGUGACUGACUUAUACAAAAUCUCUUUUCUGACCAUCUGCGUUAUUUAACUGUAUCUUACUAUUGGAACACGGAUGUGGCUGGACCCAUAUAUGUUAUUUCUUCUUGAUUUUAUUCUUCCUUUACUCUACUUUCUACCUUUGUUUUCAAAGUGGCUCUCCACUGUCAGGAAUUUAUGUAGUAGUCUCUUCACAGGCUGUCAACAGGCAGAGGUUCAUUCCCAUUUUCUUCAGCUAUCCAUGCUUCCAGCAGAAGUUAAUUCUUAUGUUCCACCUCAGAACAAGUAAUUUGAAAGAAAUUGCCAUGAUGAAUAGUGUUAAAAAAAAAAUAAGGGGGGGAAAAAAACCCAAACAGAAAAAAAAAAGAAAAAAAAAACGGAAAAAAGUCUCCUGGUAGCUCAUGAAGAGGAUGUGGUGACCUCACUUGUUUUGUAUACUUGUAUGUAGCGAUAUUUUUAUUGUAUCCUAGAUGAAAACACUACUGCAGCAGUCUUUCUGUAGGUGGACUGAACCUUGUGCUGUUGUAGUGGAGAGAAAACAACCUAUUUUUUUUUUUCCUUGCUGUCUCACUUAGGGUGGAAGAGGGAGGGAGUAGGGAACACUGACUGGACAACAGAGAGAAUUAAGCCUGCUAUGGUAACUCAUUUUCAAGGUUAAUCUGUUUAGAAAAGUCAGAGAACUUGGAUUUGACAUAAAGUAAUGGCUUAGCUUGGGGGUGGGUUUUUUUGGUUUGGGUUUUUUUUUUUUUUUUGUAGACAGAACAAAAGGAAAUUAAAUAUUGUAGGGGUUUUCCCAUUCUCUAAGUUUUCAUGUUCCUGCAGUUUUAAAAGAAGAAACAAACAUGAAAAAGGAAAGACCACCUAGAAACCCUAUCAAAGUCUCUUCCAGCAACUUUCCCUUUUCUUCUACUAUACUUGCUAAUAAACCCUGGCUACAAGGUAGCCUUUGUUGACCUCUGAGGUAGAUUACCUAUGCAACCUGUAAUACUUUACAUGAAUCCAUUCUUAAACACAAUUUGAAAGGGUUAGAUGUUGAGAGUUAAAUUAUUGCUUUCUGAUCACAUGGGGCACUUAGGGGGACAUUUUUUUUGGUGGUUGAAGUGCUUGUGUUUCCUUUAGUUAGAGAUGUAAGAGCACAGUGUCAUGAUCACAUUUUAGAAGCUUCAGCUUUCCCUAGGCUUUGCUCUAUGGCAUAAGCUACUUUCAUUCACAAGGCCAUGAAGUUUUAAAUGUUGAAAAUCUUCGCAGGGUUUCAGAGUCAGAGCUAAUGUGAAUCUUGCUGCCCCUUUUUGGUAGUUGUGGAGGCUAAGCAGAACUGAAGCUAGACUGACUUGGCACUACAAGUCUAUAGCUAGUGCCCUAUUGAGGCUCCACUUGCCCUUCCUAUCCCUUCACACCCCCACCAUGACCACCAAAUCCAGUCUUUCCAGAAUUUCAUUCACAUAAUACUUCCAGACCAUUAAGAGCUGUUUGUAGCUUGGGAGGUUGAGUGACCCCAGAGCUACUUUUUCACAGAAGAGGUAUAAAUUGAACCAAGGGCCUUACUAUUUGUGGUUAAACAAGAUUAAAAGCUGCAACAUCCAUUUUUCCAAAAAAAUCCCCAACAAAAAACACCCUUAAAUCCUCUUUGUAGGAGCGUAUGAGUGAUAAAUCGUGCAGUGGAUGGGAAAUAUAAGUAGCACUGAUAAGGAAAUGCAUGUUCUUCGUAGGCUGCAUUUCUGUUGGAAGAAAAAAAAAAAAAGACUUUUUCUACUUUUAAUAUAAAUUAAGCCAUAAGAGUUGUGGGAAGGGAAUGAAAGGGAUCACUUUAAGAGAUUAUAUUGAUAUGUAUUGUCACUUCUGGGAAAUGUCUAUUGCUGCCAAUGCUUUGGUGAAUUUUAUAAAAAAAAAAAAACCUUGGAAUUUGAAAAAAAAAAGAAAAAGAGGCUAGUUCUUGGCUAUAUUUACUAGUUUUGUAGUAACAUUUUGCUGGCCUGUUUGUCUUUUCCUCUCCUUUUUCUACUCUCUUAGUCUAAUUUCCAUCUUUCAUUCUAAUGUCUCUGAAAAUACUAGCUUGUCUGCUCAGUAGGGGUCGGUGUAUGUGUGUCUUCCUUUUUACAGAAACGCACUACUGUGUUAAGUAUUUGGCUGGGAAAUGGGAUGCUGCAGCUUUAAGAGCAUUUGUUUCAAUUCAUAACAGUAUUUCCCAUCCUCUUUUGCCUGCAGGCAGGGAAAGUGUAUGUACAGUAUUUAUUUUGUUUUGAUUUUACUUUAAAUUUGUAAGUUUCUAUAAGUAGUUCACAUUGAUUAUUCUAGGGGAGGACAAGUGGCUUUGUUUAAAUUUGUAUUUGAUAUUCAUAGUUUCCACUUUCUGUACUUUAAAAUACUGAAAUUAAAAAAUUGUAUUGCUUAUGUUUUGAUUUUAGCACUCUAAAGCGUUUAAUUUCUUCUGCUCAUUUGCUUCAGUGUAAAUACAGAAAACUGUACAGAAUAUUGUGAGGAGAAAAAUGCUUUUCUAGGUCCAAUCUCUGUGCCCUUUACUUGUUGCAUUUUUAAGAAGAAAUUUUCUGGAGAAAUGUGAGAGGGGAGUAUUCUCAUGGUAUUUUUUUUUAUUUUUUUGAAGUGCAAAUCUCAUUUCAAACCAAGUAUAUUAUAUGGCAACUAAAUGCAUUUUUUUGAAGAUAUGUAUAUAUUUUUUUGAAUUCUAAUAUGAAAGGGAGGUGGAUGCGUUUGUGAUCCAUCGUAUUAGCAGAUCUAGAACUGUAAGAAUGGCGUCAAAUGGUAUUUCCAUGUUCUUGCUCUUGGUUUCUGUUAGGUUUGUCUCAUGCAACUGAUGACUGGCUCAUGUCUUGAUUUCCCUCCCCUUCACACCCCCCUCUUUAAAUGUGUGUGCUUUUUGGAAGACGAGCUUUCUCUUUCACACUUCCGUGUACUUUGUCAUUCUUGCUUUAUCCUGGAUGACUUUUCUGCUGAUUUCUUCCAUCACAUGUCAUCUGGUUUAUGGUUGUCAGUGCUCCUGAUUUUGACUCCAUGUGGCAGCACAGUGUUUGCCUGUGGGUACUCCGCUCGGGGGUGAUGGAAGCAUUACUGUGUUGCCUCCAACUUCGUGUAAUGAGUUUUCUUCUGCAAAUACAGCUCCGUGCUACUGAACUUCUUCAGUGCUGUGAUGGACAGAUGCAUAGAUUCCAGUGCUGGUCAUUUUAUGAGAGCCUUAGAUAAAUGAUGCAGCAAUGGCAUUGGAAGAGACGAGUGGCACAAGAUGUUUGAUGUGAGCAUCCUCUGCAGCUGCUCGAGUUUACUUCUUAGCCUGGCUUUUAGUUUACAGAGCGUUUAUGGCUGACUAUAAUGACUAGGAGAUCUAUUCAUGGACUAGGACUUCAAUGUGCCAGGUGUUUUACAGUCAAAGAACAAGAAUGCUGACCUCAUCACACCAUGUACUGCGUACGUAUAAGAUUAAAAUAGGUUAUGAAAGCCCAACACACUAGUUAAAGUUCUGUGACGUGAAGCUUAAAAUACAGUAAUGUAGAUUUUGGGGACAGAAACUUCUGUGCUGUUUCAGAAACAAACUUCAUUUGAAUGGAGUAAGAAAUUGUGAAGAAAAUUAAUUAUUUAAGUACAGAGGGUGAAGAUCAGUUAUUUAUGUGUCCAAAAAUCAGUUCCUGCUGUAUUUUGGCAUGCCUUUACAUCUUUUAUAUUGAUGUGUUAAAACUGUUUCUGAGUUUGGUUAGCCAAAGAUUUACCAAAGAUCUGAAAGAGAACUGUCUAUCAGAGCAACCACACGUUUUGAAAAAGUCCUGAUCAUUGUGAUUGAUGAAGAAGAAUGCUACAGCCUGCACAUUUUCAGAGAGACUUACCAGGGUUUGUCACACUGAACUCGUUGCUUGUACUAAUGUUUUGGUCCUAAAAUAAAGUGAUAGACUUAAUAGAACACCUCAGUGGGCCACAAAUACAAGUUUCAUACCCAUAUAAAACCCUCUAUAGGCACCUUUACUGUUUGUCCUUUUGUUUUCACUAGCUACUUUCCAGAGCUUUUCUCUAUGACCACUGUUUGAUGGAGAAUAGGUAGGAUACACUGGAAAAUAAGACAACUAUCUCAAAAGUGCUACUUUAGAUGCUGCUGGGUAGCCUUCAGCACCUGGAGCUUAUUUCCAUUAAAACUGAAAGUUUCUGGUUUUCUGUUGGGGAGGAUGGGGAAAUAUCUACCUGGAUUGGGUUUUUUUUUCAUAAUGGACAGAUGUAUUUUAAAGAUUUCAGGGGUACCAAAUACAGCAAAAAAAAGGUUGAAUUUGUAAAGCCAGGGAAUGGACAAGACACUCUUCUAGGUAGCUGAAGACUAAAGUUGUUAUUACUGGGUUGGCGUUUGGGUUUUUUGUUGUUUGUUUUGGUUUGGUUUUAAAUCGACAGUGUUCUACUGCAUUUGAGGAAGAGUGCCCCCUUGUCAAGUGCCUACAAACUUGGUUUUGUGUACAUUUGGUGAAGUUCAACUCUUUCUGUAGAGAGUUUGUCAUAAUGUGGCUAAGUUGUGAAGUUAUUGUGGUGGCUCAUUACGUAACAAAUUCAACCAGACCUUUUUUUGUGGUUUUUUUUUUCAUUUAGAUGUAACUUUGGAUUGAUGAUGGGAACCUGAGCAGUAGAAUGAAUGUGGUGAAGUCAGUCAUGCUGAGUGUUAGUUCUAUAGAAACUUUUUUUUUCUUUGUGUAGAACUAAUUAUCCUGGGAGCCCUUGAAAUUACACUUUUACUGCUGGUAAGUAAACUGUCUCAAGCCAAAAGUUAAUGAGGACUGAAACUGUAAAACCAGAACAUUACUGUUACUCAUUCUGAUACAACCAGGGCUUUUAAAUGCCUUUGUUUCUACAGUGGUCAAGGACUAAAGUCUUUACCUGCAGAAGAAAUAGCUGGUGAUCAAAAUGGUGAAUGAAGUCUUUCAUUUCCAGAGCUCAUAGUAUUCCACCUAACAGCUGGCUAAUAGGACAGUUUGCUUUGUCUAGACUAAGGUCUCAUUUCUCUGAAACCCAUUAUAUUCAGUCUUUAGAAUAAGUACUGCAAAUUUUUAAAGAAUUGUGUUUGGCUUAAUAGAUCUAUUUAUCUGUACUGUUCCUGCUGUAUUUGCUUUGGUCUUGGAAAAAAUACUCUGCUUUGGAACAUAUAAGUCAACUAAAAGAACAGUAUACCAAGACUCUGCUUGUUUGUGAUGCUUCGCUCCAAAGUUUAUUUCUCAUAAGAAGUGUUUUCUUUGGUGAAAUGAGUGUGUGUAAAACUCACACGCAUACUUGGAGAAUUAUAUUUAUCUGGAAGAAAUAUGUGCCCUUGAAUCGUACUGUCUUUGCAGUAAGUCAUAAAGAUGCAAGUCAGCUUUUUGUUCUAGCAAAACAAAAAGCCAACAGAGCUCUAGAAACUGCUACUCUGGUCUCCUAAAACAGGAUCGGGGCUGUGGAAAUGUGGUUUAACUAGGCAGCUUUUUCAGGCACUAAUUAAAAUGCUUCAUUCUUACUUAAGUUGUUCUUUUCUAAUCACAGAGAUUUUUCUCUUUUUUACAGAAGAUCUUUGAGUAGAUCCAUUACAGAUCUGGCCUAGUAAAGAUUUUCCUGUGCUCAGCGAGCACUUUUAGAAAUUGUUUGAAUUUCAUCAGGUGAUGGUUACUGAACAGAGCCCUUUCCAUGUGAUUGAAGUUCUUCUCCUCCAGAGGCAGAUAACCUCUGUGUUCCCACCACGUUACACCUAUUGGAGAAGGAGAGCAUUUGAAGAGUGUAUUUGGCAUGCCAGCUGUCCUAAAAGUGAUGUCAGGACUAGCUGGCUCAGGUGAGGUUAGCAUCGAGAAGAACCUGUUUGCUUCCAAGUCUGUCCAUUUUCAGCCUAGGUCCACCGGGAGGGCAGAGAAGAGAAAUCUGUGAGCUCUGCAGUGCACUGUUGCAAAAUGAGUUGAUCGUGUUCCAAAGACUGCUCGACAGCUGCACCUGCCAUAGAACUAAGAACCACAAGUGAUGCUGAAUUGCCAUAGUCUUAGGAGGGGAGACCAAGCAUUAAACGCGAUGUGACGUCUGAAUAAUCUCUUUUUCCCUGGGCCUUUCCAGCAGAUCAGAGAAGAGGUAUUACCGAGAUGCUUUGGGAAAAUGCCUAACCAGGGUGUAACACACCUCUUCUGUGGUUACAUGACAUUAGUUUAGGCUCUGGUUCUGUUUUCUUCAAUAUUAAGAGAAUUUCACUUUAAAAAAGGAGUUCAGUUUGUACAGAAAGCAGAAAGAUAUUUCAUGCUAUGCAUCCCACUGUUACCCUAUGAGCAAGGUUUGUAAGGGAAGGUGGUAUGUAUUAGACCAACUGACAUAUUUGGAGAGUGGGAAAUGUGUGUAAUGUUCAUCCCUUAUGGUUCAGACGUAGGACAUUUCCUCUUCACAUAAACCUUGUUCUGCAUAGGUACUCACAAUACGGGGUCACUGCUAUGAGCUGGUAGCUUCUAAACUAUUUUCAAUAAUGUUACUAUUAGCAGCUUUCUUAUUUUAAAAUAUAUUUAAAAUAGCACUUGCUAUAGUAAUUUAGGAGAAAAAUGAUGUCAUUUGGAUUGUUUUAAUGCAUAAUAUAUAUAGUGUGUAAGAGGAGAAGUAGGAAUAAGGCAGAAUUUCUGAGGUUAAUGUGUUCAGUAAAUUGAAAACCCCGACAACUUCAAAAAGAGGACCAUUUACAAGAUUAUAAAACUGAGAGAGUCAGAAAUACUUCAGCAAGCUGCAGGAUCUCUAUAUAUACUUUUUUACUAUACUCAAACUGUCUUCAGCUAUCGCAGGUACAACAUCACGUGUGUGUAUAUAUACAUGCAUACAUACACAAAUAUAUAUAUGUAUUUAUUUAUUCUGUUCAAUGUUCUGUUCAAUAUUUUCUGUUGCCUCCAACUUUAAGGAAUUUUAAACAAUAUAGGAUGCCAGCUACCAAACUCCAGUAAUAACAUUU